AUGCCGGGUCAAUUUAAUAAUAGUAAAUAUAGUAGUGAUGCUUGCAAUAUAUUUAAUGAACAUGGUCAUAUUACUGAUAAUAAUAAUCAACAACAACAACAAAAUCAUCAUGGUGAAUUUGAUUGGUCCGAAUCAACCCAAAGUCAAAUAUUGGGUGCAUUUUUCUACGGCUAUCUAGUGUUUCAAAUAGUUGGCGGACGACUGGCCGAAAUGUUUGGCGCCAAAUGGUUGUGUGCCGGAGGUCAGGCCGGUUCAAUGUUAAUCAACGUACUGACACCUGUGAUAGCCCGAACCCGAAUCUAUUGGCUACUUGUGGCCAGUCGUGUAGUGCUCGGUAUGUUUCAGGCAUUUAUACUUCCAUCAUUGUAUGCAUUGUUUUCCAAAUGGGUACCCGAUCACGAGCGCAGUACUUUCCUAGCGUUUAUGGUGGCCGGCAGUAAUGUCGGCACAGUUACCACAAAUGCAUUAUCCGGUUAUUUAGCUGAACACGGGUUUGCCGGUGGGUGGCCAUCGGUUUUCUAUGUAUCGGCAAUCAUAUGCAGCGUAUGGCUACUGGUUUGGUCAUUGUUUAUCACUAGCGAACCAACUAGUCAUCCAUGUAUUACAAACCGGGAGCUUCUCUAUAUUAAAACCAAUAUUAAUGGUAAUACUAAUAGUAAAACGAAACUACCGGUUCCCUGGAAAGCCAUACUAUUAUCUAAACAAUUUUUAGCCUUAAUUAUUGUCAAAUUUUGUGUAAAUUGGUCCAAUCAAUUGUUUCUAUCGAAAUUACCCACUUAUCUGCAAACAAUAUUCAACUAUCCCAUUGAACAGGGUAUGCUAUUUUUUGGUAUGCAAGCUGGUGGUGAUAUUGUUGUAGUGAUAGAUAUGACCAACAAUUUUACGGCCACUGUGUUUGGCAUCGCCAAUACCAUAGCCUAUAGUUGCGGUUUCAUAACACCGCUGGUCAUCGGCUAUAUAAUCGAUGCCAGUCCCGGCCAACCCCGCCGACAAUGGAGUUAUAUAUUCUAUAUGUCGGCCGCCAUCAGUAUUAUUGGUGGCUGUAUUUUCCUGGUGUUUGGAACAGCUGAACGUCAAUCAUGGGACAGGGAUGCCAGUGAUAAUGAUGAUGAUAAUAAUGAUCAUCAUCAUAGUUGA